UGAUCUCAAACACCAAGGCACUAAAUAGAAUAACGCGUUGCAAACCAAGACGCUAAAAACCUCCACCAUGGUAAACUUGUGGUUUUUACAAACCAUUCGUCUUUGGGAUUCCUUCGUUAAAUUUCGAUUUCUCAUUCUUUUAAUUUAAAUUAAAUUAAAUUAUUUUUUGAUUGAGCUGUAUGCUUCGACUGAACGACGACGAGCAUCCUAAUGAAUAUGUAGUCUUCAUAACAGCCGUUAAAGAUGCACAGGAACGAUUUGCGAAGGAUUAUUUAAAUCGAAUUGCUGCUAUGGCAUUUCCGAUUAUGAAAAACAAUGGGUUUGGUAUUACAUCCUUGGAUGAAGUGACCUAUAAUUCUCAGUUUUGGGGUAGAAAUUGGAACAGAGGCGAAUGUGUAGAGUUGGUGUUGCGAGAUUCUCGCGGGAAUUGGUUGCCUUUUGAGUUUGUUAUGGAUGUGUUUUUACACGAACUCUGUCACAUCUGGCGUGGCCCUCAUGAUAAAACCUUUUAUAAUCAUCUCUCUCAUUUGCGCCAAGAGUUAACGGAGCUUUAUGCAAAGAGCUAUAAAGGCCCAGGGAAGUAUAUGACAUGGGACUCAUUUUCUCUUGCCAAUGUCGUUGCGGGACUUCGCACAGUUGCUCAUCGGGGGGUCACCUUGACAUCCAGUACACCCAGUGGUAUCGACCUGUGCGGUGGCUCUCUCCAACGAAAGAGAAACAAACGUAGUGCCACAGGAUCACGAGUAGGAAGAAAGAAAAACGCAAAAACUGGUCAGAAACUUGGAUCCAACUUGGACGAAAGGAAAAAUAUGCUUCAGUCCACCUCAAAACCCCAGGCAAGGAGUAAUCGAGGAAGAGAAGCAAGACUUGUUGCUGCUGUCAAAAGAUCUGGCCCCCAUAUUGAAAACCCUACUGAAGCUCCACCUGCAGCCAAACAAAAGACACUGAAUAAUUUUAUUGUCAUUGAUUAAGUUUCAUCUAUAUGUAUAAUUUCUUUACUUUUCUUCAUGUCCCUGUCCCUGUCCCUGUUCCUUUUAUAUUACUUUAGUUCAUGCUAAAAUUGUUUCUAUCAUUUACUUUGUAAGAUGAUUCUGAAAAAGUUCGCUUGCUCCGAUGACUCAGUUUACUUUACACUUUAUGCAUGCUUGCAACUAUGGUUCCGGCGUUUGGUUUAAUGUUGGUUAGGAAGUUCGGUCGAUAGUAGGAAGAAAGAAAAACAACAUAAGAAAGCUUUUAUAAUUUACAACAUUCAUAAAGACUCAGAGUGACUAUAUGAAGCAUAUGGUUUGAGGUAUUUGAGUUUACGAUGUCUCGUAACAUCAAAACAUUGUAUAUUAGAAAAGCACUUUCACUCAAAUGAAAGAGAUUUAUUUAUGUUUUACUAUCAUAAGUUAUAACCAAGUGUAUCUAAUUUGAUCAUAUGUAGCUUCACUUUUCACAUUGUUCUUUUGACAUAUGUUCAUCACAGAUCGUAGUCUCCUUAUUCUU